AUGGAGCUGACUGAAUUGCUCCUCGUGGUCAUGCCUCUCCUAACUGCAAGACUAACUCUGUCCAGCCCGGCUCCUCCUGCCUGUGACCCCCGACUCCUAAAUAAACUGCUUCGUGACUCCCAUGUCCUUCACAGCAGACUGAGCCAGUGCCCAGACGUUAACCCUUUGUCCACACCCGUCCUGCUGCCCGCUGUGGACUUCAGCUUGGGAGAAUGGAAAACCCAGACAGAGCAGACCAAGGCACAGGACGUUCUGGGAGCCGCGACCCUUCUGCUGGAGGCAGUCAUGGCAGCGCGGGGACAACUGGGACCCACUUGCCUCUCGUCCCUACUGGUGCAGCUUUCUGGACAGGUCCGCCUCCUCCUUGGGGCCCUGCAGGGCCUCCUAGGAACCCAGCUUUCUGCACAGGGAAGGACCACAGCUCACAAGGAUCCAAGUGCCAUCUUCCUGAGCUUCCAACGACUGCUCCGAGGAAAGGACUUCUGGAUUGUUGGAGACAAACUCCAGUGUCUCAGCCAGAACUACUGGCUCUGGACUUCUGAACAGGCUGCAGGGAUUCAGAGCCAAGAUUCCUGGUCUGCUGAACCAAACCUCCAGGUCCCUAGACCAAAUCCCUGGACACCUGAACAGGACACAUGGACUCCUGAGUGGAAUUCACGGACUCGUUCCUGGACCCACACCCAGGGCCCCAAGAGCCCCGGAUAUUCCUCCGGAAACUUCAGACAUGGACUCCCUGCCACCCUACCUCCAGCCUGGAGAGUCUCCUUCCCCAGCCCAUCCUCCUCCUGGACAGUACACACUCUUCUCUCCUUCACCCACCUUGCCCAUCCCCACGGUCCAGCUCCAACCCCUGCUUCCUGACCCCUCUGCUAUCACACCCAACUCUACCAGUCGUCUUCUAGUUGCAGCCCACUCUCACUUCCAGAAUCUGUCUCAGGAAGA